AUGAGUUUGAAGGGUUUCCAGAAGAGCAUUGUUCGCGCACCGCAGCAAUUCAAGGCGCGGUUCAAUAUUGGCGAACACACCAAGGAUCCGAUCUAUCAAGAUGCCGAGCGACGAUUUCAAGAACUUGAAAAGGAGACGAAGAAGCUUCAUGAUGAGUCCAGGAAGUAUUUUGAAGCUAUUAAUGGCAUGUUGAAUCACCAGAUCGAAUUCUCCAAAGCCAUGACAGAGUUAUAUAAACCCAUCUCCGGUCGCGCCUCGGACCCGAGCACAUACACCAUUGAGGGCAACCCGGAAGGAAUUCGAGCUUGCGAGGAAUACGAAGCCAUUGUCCGCGACCUACAGGAGUCACUUGCGCCCGAGCUAGAGUUGAUCGAGACUCGCAUUGUGAGUCCGGCAAAUCAACUGCUGGAGGUGAUCAAGGUGAUUCGGAAGGUAGCGGUGAAGCGAGAUCACAAGAAGCUGGACUACGAUCGACACCGCAACACUCUGAAGAAGCUCCAGGAGAAGAAGGACAAAUCACUGAAGGAUGAGAAGGCUCUUUACAAAGCGGAGAAUGACGUGGAGCAGGCCACGCAGGAAUACAACUACUACAACGACCUGCUCAAAGAUGAACUACCCAAACUGUUUGCCCUCGAAGCCGAGUUCAUCCGCCCGCUGUUUCAGUCGUUCUACUACAUGCAGCUGAAUGUCUUCUACACACUGCAUGAGAAAAUGCAGGGCAUGAAUAUCGCCUAUUUCGAUUUGACUCUGGAUGUCGAGGAGGCAUUUGAGAAGAAGCGAGGUGACGUCAAAGAACGGGCAGAAGCACUUACCAUCGUCCAUUUCAAGACGAAGGGCCUGGGCCGACAACCCUCCAAGUUCACACCUCCCGGUAAGGACAAGAUGGCGUACGAGAGCAAGAGCACAUUCGCCCGCACGAAUCGCACCGAGGAGACUGACAACCCUCCUCCACCCUAUUCGGCCUCUGCAAGUACUGUUGCGGCCGCCAAGGCCAAGCCAGCGCCUCCGCCACCCAAGCCCAAGCCCGCGCGAUUGGGUGCGGCAGUCGAGACGGUUACAGCCUUGUAUGACUACGAAGCACAGGCGCAUGGUGAUCUCAGCUUCUCGGCGGGCGACGUGAUUGAGAUCAUCCAGCGGACGGACAACCAGAACGAGUGGUGGACUGGUAGAGUUGAUGGACGAGAGGGCCAGUUCCCAGGCUAUUCUUACACCCCAAUCACGCCCAAAGGCAUCCGAUUCAACUCCGUUGGACUACCAUGGAACGGCAAGACUGGCGUUCGGAGACUCCUGUAUUCGGAGUCGGCAACAAGCUAUGGAUCAGUGCCGUGUUCGAAGGGGGCCCAUCAACGAACAGCGCAAGUGCGGACACUGUAG